AUGUAUCAGGGCAGCCAGCGGCAUGGCUCGGCCAACGAUCCCUCGAGGCCCUUCCAGGUGCCGCCUCCGCCUCCGCCUCCUGCCAUGGCACCUCCCAUGACCGGGCCUCAGAUGAACAUGAUGGUCCCUCCGCCUCCCCCGCCGAUUCGCUAUCCUGCCGUGCCUGGUCAGGCUCAGGGCAUCAUGGUGCCUCCGCCCCCGAGCGGCCCUCCUCCUGGGAGCGGCAUGAUGCCAGCGCCAAACUGGCACGGCAACUUUGGGCGCCUGUACGAUGGCCGUCCCAGCUACGCCGUGCCUCCGCCGCCCCCUACCAACCAGCACCAGCCGUAUAACCCGACCAAGUUCCACCAGCACCACGCGUUGCAGGCGGGACAGGCAAUGGUCGUGCCCCCUCCCCCGCGCCCGAGCGACGCAAUGGGCGCCACGUAUAUCCCCACGGGGGAGACAUAUGGUGAAGGCGUGGGCAUACCGGGAUUCGGCCGGGAGGAAACGCAGACGUCGUGGCUCGCCUCCCCGUCACAGAACGGGACCGAAACGAGUGCCACAACGCCAAUGGAAGAAAGGCAGCCGGCCAUCCCUCCGGAAAUAGCAGCCCAGUGGCCGUUGGACAAGGUCUUGCUAUGGCUGGCGCAGAACCAGUUCUCCAAGGACUGGCAGGAGACGUUCCGGUCGCUCAACUUGUACGGAGCGCAGUUCCUGGAGCUGGGCAGUGCGCACGGCGGUCGCGGAAACUUUGGCAUGAUGCACCAGCGGGUGUACCCUCGACUGGCGCAGGAGUGUACUAAUAGCGGGACGGGAUGGGACCAGCCGAGAGAGAGGGAGGAGGGGAAGCGCAUGCGGAGGCUCAUCAGGAGCGUCGUCACCGGCCGGCCUGUCGAGGCUUCUAAGGCGAUGCCCUCCCACAGCCGAAAGGAGUCUACCGCAUCCAGCCAACCCACGACGCUUGUCCCUGUGAGCUCAGAUGCCCCAGAGGCUCUCGAGUCGCCGAUUGUGCCAGUCAACGCUCACGCCCGAAGGUUCUCCCAAACCAGAUCGACAACAAUGCCGCCUGCAAACAGCAAUGACACCACGAAUCAUAGGACGAUGCUGAAAAAUCUCGAGCUUGGACGGCAGAGUCCCACUGGCGAGCAGGCAGCGCAUUGCUCGAGCCCGGCCGCCAGCCCAGCAACCCAGCCCACACUUUUUCACUCGGCUACCACCCCGAUUCUAUCAUCUUCGCCCAACUCAUCCAAAUUCACACACCGGUCAAGGAACAGCACCGACUCGGCCGCGUCCAACGCCGCAAUCUAUGGGUCGGGUAUUCCACCAGAGGCGGCCGGGCUCAUGACGCGCGGCAUGAGCCUGGCGGAGCUCAUGUCCUCCUCAAGAAGUCAAGACAGCUAUUCCAAGCAUGCCGAGUCUCCGUCAUCUACCAAGGACUCCAAGGGCCUCCUCAGCUUCUUAUCCAGGAGAAAGCGGCAACAAGUAGACGGCGCCUUUCCUUCACCUGACGAUCUCGAAUCUCCCACUUCACCUGCCUUCCACAAGCCUCUGUCAAUAGCUACUACGCAUGGAUCGGAUGCUGGUUACGCCCACCCGGAUCCAACAUACGUCCUGGCCACCAUGGACCACUGGAACUAUCGGAUGUGCGAUAUCACCGACGCAGAGAGCGCGGCAGAUAUUCGACAAGCCAUCUGCCACAACCUCGGCCUCCCCGACGUUGAGGGCUCAUUCAUCUAUCCAACCGAGUUGGGCCAGUUUGAACAUGCUGAGCCCCUAGACGACCAAAAGCUCCUCACUAGCAAGCGCGUCAAGGCCGAUUCUGCAGGCACGCUCAAGUUCUUCGUCACAUCGAGCUCAUCACCGCCGACGUCUCGAUCCAACACGAUGAACUCGCUGGCAGCAACGGACAAGGCGGACGAGAACACCCUGUCCCAGGAGGCCCUUGACUACAAGGCCGAGAUGGCCAGGAAGCAGCGUGAAUACCUCGCCAAGAAGAAGCAGGCCAACAUGAAGGAUCCUCCCGAAUCUGUCGUGGGCUUCGGCAUCGUGGGUAGGAAUGUGGACUUUGACCAGCCGCGGCUCUCGCCAUACGAAGACAGAAAGCCCGAACACCUCUUCCCUCAACGACGACCGCCGGCGCCGCCGAGUGACCCGUCCGCAACACUGAUCAAGGCCAAUUCGCUAAGCAGGAAAACAGGACGGCAGAUGAACGGCAACGCCGCUGCCGAAGGGCACGUCACGUCGCGACCUCCGCUACCUUCCGCUGCCAGCUCGUCUGAGGCUGAGUCGACGGAGAACGGCAAGAAGUCAAAGUUCAGCAUUCCCGCCGCGGGCAUGGGCGGGUUUGUGGGUGCGGCACUGGUCGGCAUGGGCAGAAACCUGGGAGCCAUCGGACAGUCGACGGCCAACGGGCCGCGAGGCGUGUCUCCCAGCAGAACCGUGUCACAGCCAGUUGCGGCCAGCAACGGCUCGCAGCAGCUGUCGCCAGGUAAGAAAGCAAUACUAUACACUCGCCCCCUUGCCCCCUUUGGCGGCCGCAAUUUCAAGCACAACCCGAAAUCACCUGGCCCGGACCUGGACUUUACGGACACGGAUGUGCAGUUUACCCAGGCGCCAACCACACAGCAGUCCUCGUCAUCUGCGCAGGGUCGCCCGCCGCCGGCCGACGAUAGCGACGACGAUUCCGACGAUGGCCUGUUUGCUAUUCCGCUCGCCGGCCGAGGAAAAGGCAAAUCACCGACCAGCAAACCGGGACAUGCGCAGAAGCCCAGCUUGACCGUGAAUACUUCGCGAGCAAAGGGCAAGACCUUGUCGGUCUCCUUCACCUCCCCCAACUCGACAAACGAAAACGCAGACGACUGGUCUAGGGCUGGCAACGGUUCUCGACGGACUCCUGGAACACCCGGCUCCGAAUCCUGGGAGUCUGACAAGGAAGUCAAACUCGGCCGCCGCAAGUCGUUUAUCGAAAAGGACGUGUGGGCGAAUCGACCUCCUACCGACGACUUGCUCAACAACCUCGACGACUUCUUCCCCAACUACGACCUUGACGAGCCUGUUCUCGAGGAUAGCGUCUCGGCCGAGAUAACAACGUCUCCGAUUGCCGAAGUUGAGGAAUCGCCCCAGCAGACUGCGCCUCCUCCUGUCCCGGCUCCUGCCAUGUACCAAGACAACAUCAACUCUACUCCUGCUCCUGCUCCUGCUCCUGCUCCCGCUCCCGCGGUUGCAUCCUCUAGCCAGUCUGUCUACGACGGGGACACUCUUGGCUCCGACGAAUCGACGUUGAAGGCCUUGGACCGCCGUCCGUCCAUACAGACUGUGGCACAGAAGAGCAUGAGGCGCUCUGGCGGGCUUGGACGUAUGAAGUCCAUCCGUGAAGUUGCCCGGGGUGCCCACGAGGCCAACAAGCGAUUCACGCACGCCCAGGCGCCGCACAAUGCGGGCAACGCCAGCACGAGCGGAAUCAUGCGCCGGAAGAGCACCAAGAUGUUCAAUGCAAACAUUGUGCAGAUCCGGCCGGACCAGCGCGGCAGCAUGAUUUUCCCGCAGAUCCCACAGGACACUUUGCCUAAGCGGCAGACGACAUUUAGGUGGUUCAAGGGCCAGCUCAUCGGCAAGGGCACCUACGGCCGCGUGUACCUGGGUAUGAACGCCACGACUGGUGAGUUCUUGGCCGUCAAGGAGGUGGAGGUCAACCCCAAGGCGGCGGGAGGAGACAAGAGCAAGAUGAAGGAGCUCGUGGCGGCCCUGGAUCACGAAAUCGACACGAUGCAGCACCUGGACCACGUCAACAUUGUGCAGUACCUGGGAUGCGAGCGAAAGGAAACCAGCAUCAGCAUCUUCCUAGAGUACAUUCCCGGUGGCAGUAUCGGCUCGUGCCUGCGCAAGCACGGCAAGUUUGAAGAGUCUGUUGUUUCAUCCCUCACACGACAGACGCUGUCUGGACUGGCAUACCUCCACCGAGAGGGCAUUCUGCACCGAGAUCUGAAGGCAGACAACAUUCUGCUGGACCUGGAUGGCACGUGCAAGAUUAGCGACUUUGGCAUCUCGAAAAAGACGGACAACAUCUACGGCAACGACAAGUCAAACAACAUGCAGGGAUCCGUCUUCUGGAUGGCGCCCGAGGUGAUUCGGUCGCAGAACGAAGGGUACAGCGCCAAGGUGGACAUUUGGAGUCUGGGAUGCGUCGUGCUGGAGAUGUUUGCGGGCCGGCGGCCGUGGAGCAAGGAGGAAGCCGUGGGUGCCAUCUACAAGAUUGCAAACGGAGAGACGCCCCCGAUCCCCGAGGACAUUCAGGAAACCAUAGGCCAUCUCGCCGUGGCGUUUAUGAUGGACUGCUUCCAAGUGAACCCAUUUGAUCGACCAACAGCCGACGUGCUCCUAUCGCAGCAUCCAUUCUGCGAGUUGGAUCCCAACUACAACUUUUACGACACCGUCCUAUAUAAGAAGAUUAAGGAGACGUACAAGACGACGUAG